GGUAACGAGUUGCCUUAACGAAUUAGCUCACAAUAAAAUUAAUAGAACAAUCGAGAACGAUUGAAGUGAAAAUUUUUCGACAGGCGCUUCGGCCACGGAUAAAGUCUUAAUAUUGUAAAUAAAUUUGCUGGAAACUUUACUUUAACACACCAAUCAUGACACGUGGAAAUCAAAGAGAUCUUGCCCGCCAAAAGGCCCAGAAAAAAAACCAAGAACUGAGUAAGGGCAAACGAAAUGAUAAUUUAACGGUUGAACAACGAAAAGCAAGAGAUGCUGAGUUGAUGCGGGAAAAACAGAAAAAGAAAGAAGAAGAUGCUGCUGCAGCCGCAGCCGGAAAAGUUAAAUAAUCUAAAUAAACCGUAGCAAUCCAACCAAUAGCUGGCAUUUAAGUUAGCAACUGUCAAAAGAUGCACCAACUACAAAAUCUUCAGAUAUUCUGCCGCUAUAGUGUUCUGGCUCGCAAUUCUAACUGGUUGAAGGAAUGAGUGAAGGAAUGCUGUAAAGUAAAGAAAACAUAAAACACGAAUCUUAAACAACUAAAUUAUUAGCGCCGUAAAACGCAGCAAGGAGCAGUCUAAAAAUAACUUAGCAAAUUAUAAAUGAAAAAAUUCCUGUACAGAAAUGUCAAAACAUUAAUUGCUGAUGCCUGGAGCUGCGUAAACAAAAUUCACUUUCCCAUACUUAUUCACACAUGUAGACACCAUAUAUCAUUUAAUUUUUUUUUUUUACAUUUACCAGUAAGUUUCCCCGUUAUAUAUUUUCUCUAAUGUUGAUGAUGAUUGACGUUAAUUAUUUUUACCUGACUAAAUUUUAAUAUUUAAGAUGGAAUAAAACAAAAAUUGAAAAUUCAGA